AUGAAACCCUUUGCUUUCCUUGUUACUCUUGUGGCCUUGAUCUCCUGUGCCUCCACCACCAGUGCCUUCACCACUGUCCACCAACAACGAUCACGUGCGAUGAUUGCUUCUUCCGUUUCGAGCAAGACCCAAGCCAACAUGUUUGUGGACUGGUCUGGUGGAGACCUUGCCAGCGUCCCUCCGGUUGCCAGCAUAUUUUCUCUUGUUGGAUUUGUUUCUAUUUGGGAACUUUUCGAUGAAGAUCGCAAGGCGAGCGUCAAGGGAGUCAAGGCUGCUCCUCCCGCGCCACCAGCCCCAGCUCCUGCUGCUGCUGCCGAGGAAUAA